AUGGACCAAAUAAUUAGUGAAAUAAUUGUUGACGAAACAACCGAUCCAAGAGGUUUGUAUAAAUAAUUUUUUUAAUUUCUCAUAUAAUAAAAUGUACUAUUUUCGUUUAGGUUUGGCUAUUGCAAAUUUAUUAAUUGGUAAAUUAGAUGGGACGCCUAGUAAAUCAUAUUUAGUUGCAUGUAAAGAACUAGAAUCCACCAAUUAUGAAACUAUUUGUCAGUUUAUUAAUGCCUCGUUAAAAAUAUUUCCUGAUAUUGAACAAAAAGUAUUGCUUUUUAUUAAUGUGUUUACCCGAGGUGGCUUUCCAUAA